AUGACCCUCCUAACAAACGGCCAAGCGCUCCCACCCACGCAAUGGGCCCACGUUUUCAAAACCCGGGGUCAGACUAUCGAGCUCAAACAAAUCCCCGUUGGCACCCCAGGGCCAGAUGAGGUGCUGGUUCAGAUGGAGUACUCCGGUGUUUGCCAUACCGAUCUGCAUGCAUGGAAGGGCGACUUCCCUCCGACACCCAAACAGGAUCUCGUUGGUGGACAUGAGGGCGUCGGCUUAGUUGCCGCAAUUGGAACCCAAGUGAAUGGCCUCCGAAUUGGAGAUACGGUCGGAAUACAGUUCUGCUCCACUGGCAACCAACCACUCUGCCCUAAACUCCAACUCUCGGGGUAUAUGGUCGAUGGAACCUUCCAGCAAUACUGUAUCUGCAAAGCUGAUAAUGCAGUGCGAAUUCCACCGGGGAUUUCCCUGGAGGCUGCUGCUCCGGUUCUCUGUGCCGGGAUCACGGUAUACAAGGCCCUGAAGGAGAGUAACGUCCAGCCAGGGCAGGUUAUUGCUAUCGUCGGUGCCGCCGGCGGCUUGGGGUCAUUGGCCGUUCAGUAUGCGAAAGCAUGCGGACACAAGGUCCUCGCUUUAUCCAGCGGGUCAGACAAAAGGCAAAUGUGUCUGUAUGACCUCAGGGCGGAUUACUUCGUCGACUAUAAAUCGCCCGAUGUUGCUGAAGAAGCGAGGCGCGUUACAGGUGGUGGGCCUCAUGCUGCGAUGAUAGUUUCUUCUGUCGAGGAACCGUUCCAUCAGGCUACGCAGUACAUUCGUCCCGGAGGCACGAUCGUUGCCGUCGGCCUUCCACCGGGCAAGAUCUCAACGGAUGUUUUCUCCAUGGUAACCCAGAAGAUAAGUAUCAAGGGUUCGUAUGUGGGUAAUAGAGAGGAGACAGAGGAAGCACUGGCCAUUUUGAUUAGGGCUGGGUUUAGCGUUCAGUAUGAUGUGGUUGAUUUUGCGGAGCUGCCGAAUAUAUAUGAUCUUAUGGAGAGGGGGCAAAUUAAAGGUCGAAAGGUGCUCAAAAUUGGAAAGUCUCUCACGAGAAGUUCCGAGAACGUAUCUACAUUUUGCAGGGAUCUCCACUUCCUUCCAAAGCAGAAUGGCAUAUCCGGGAAUGUUGUUUCAGGGGAGCUUGAACGAGCCAUUGAGCGAGCCGGUGGAGACUUCCGGUCAGAUACUGUGACUGUGCCCACUGAGCCAGUCAUGCAGGCCAUUAUCAACGUAUCCACCUUCGGAGACGACAUCUACGACGAUGGCGGCGAUCCAGCAGUGAAUGCAUUCCAAGACAAGAUCAAAGCACUAACAGGCAAAGAAGCCGCGCUCUUCGUCUUAUCCGGAACCCAAGGAAACCAGAUCUGUCUGCGGACGCAUCUCCACCAACCCCCUCAUACGAUCCUCCUCGACUACCGCGCACACGUUCAAGUCUGGGAAACAGGAGCCAUACCUCUUCUCUCCCAGGCGACAGUAACAAGCAUCGAACCAAAGAACGGCAUCCACCUUACCCUCGACGACGUGAAAGAUAGAAUAGUCGAGGAAGGAAACAUCCACUUCCCACCCACCCGAGUUGUCUCCCUCGAAAACACCCUCUCUGGGUCAAUUCUGCCCCUUGAACACGCAAAACAAAUCUCCAACUACGUCCGCAACAUUCGUGUUCCGCCCGGCCGCACCCGAAUAGCCAUGCAUCUCGACGGCGCGCGUCUCCUCGAAGCCACCACCGCCGAGAACGUCAGCGUCAGAGAAUACCUCGACUGCUUUGACAGCGCGAGCAUCUGUAUCUCGAAAGGCUGUGGCGCCCCAAUGGGAAGUGUCAUCGUGGGAAGCAAAGAAUUCAUCGAUCGCGCCGUUUGGUUCCGGAAGAUGUUUGGCGGCGCAACUCGUCAGACUGGUAUGAUGGCUGCUGCUGCCUCUGCCGCAUUGGACCAUUGUCUCCCACUGCUUCCCAAAGUGCAUGCUCUGACUCGUCGAGUGGCGGAAUAUCUUCGGAGAAUUGGGUAUGAGUUCCUCUUGCCGGUGGAUACGAAUAUGAUUGUUUUGGAUUUGAAAAAGACGGGGGUAGAUGGUGAGAGCGUUGUUCGGUAUUGUGAUAGGUAUGGGUUGCGGACGUUCCCGAAUGGUCGAUUGGCGUUUCAUCAUCAGAUUUCGGAGGAUGGGGUUGCGCGUCUGCAGAGGGCGUUGUUGGAGUUGAUUACGGAUCUGAAGACGGUUUAGGGUCUUUUUGUCUGGUGACC